CUCUCCCCUCCUGCGCUAGCACUACUACUGCUACCAGCGAGUGCACGACACACACAUCCUCCUCCCCCCUUCGUCUCUCUCUCCCUCUCUCUCUCUGCCUGCGCGCCUGAGAGCUGCCACCGCCAAGGCGAAACGGCCGUCGCCGCAUGCUGCGGCUGAGCUAGAGACGAGAGGCGAGAUGGCGGCCGAGGCGCUGGGGUUCAUGGCGCGGGGAGCCACCGGCGGGAGGGCGGCGGAGCUCGUCACCAGGGACUUCCUCGGCGGGUGCGCCGCCGCCGAAGACGACGCCAGGGACGCGUCCGCCAGGAAUGACGCCGUGCCCGCGAGGGUGCACCAGCAGAAGCACGCGUGCCCGGCGGCGCCGAGGGACCUGAACCUGUUCCCGGUAGCCGCCACCACGAAGCCCUGCGCCGCGACGGCGGCAGCGGCAGCGGCACCAGCGGUCGCGGGCGGCGCCACGGCUACGUACCACAGCGUGUGCACGAUCGAGAAGGUGAAGACGGCCCUGGAGCGGUUCGAGCGCGGCAGGCAGCACCAGUCCCCGCACCCGCACCAGCAGCAGCAGCACAGCGGCGCGGGCGCGUCCCCGUCGUCGUCUUCCGUGACCACGUCCUCCGUGAAGCGCCGCGGCGGCGGCGGCGGCGGCGGCGGCGGCGUGGAGCAGGGCGACGGCUGCGACUCGCCCUCCGGCGGCGGGAUGGUGGCCGCGGCGUGCCCCAGGUGCUUCCUGUACGUGCUAAUCUCCCGGAGCGACCCGCGGUGCCCGCGCUGCGAGUCCCACGUCCCGGCCCCGCCGGCGCCAGCGCCGGCCGCGAGCAAGAAGCCGCGGAUCGACCUCAACGUCGGCUACCUGGGCACAUAGCUUGUGGUUUAGGCAUAUGGGGCGAUGGCGUAGCCUCCUAGAUGGAGCGGCUGCCGUCUCCUACCGUACCGUACGUGACGCCAUAAAUUUUGCUUAGGCUCGUGUAAUGUGAUGACCCACGGACCGAGUCGGGUACGUAGGAGUACGUAGACAGGGGAGGGGGGCGCCGUUUUUUGAACUGAAACAGAAAUGCAUGCCCUCCCCUGUCAGGAAAUUUAUGGCCG